UCGAGCUCGAGCUGGACUGCAUCAUUGUCUCUACAGCGGGACAAACAAAGAGCCUCCACGAGCCCAACGGUUAUUAUCACUACUGGAGCGCGAGAGAGAGCAGUUUAAAUUUUAAAUAAACGGCACCAGAGUGUCACUAUGACAACAACAAACGGUUAUGAAGAGAAGCUGACGACGACUCUCCUCGUCGUCGUGGAGGAGAGAGUCUGGCCGUUUAACUUCUUCCAUGUCUGGAUGCUGAAUCCGGCCGUGUGUGGUGGAGGUGGUGGUGGUGGAGGGGGAUAACGACGUUAUAGCUCGGUAAACAACGCUUUGUUUCACCUCUUUAAAUCCAGCCGUUAACUGCUCCGAAUCUCACUUUUCUAGCCGUUAGUAGCCGUUAAGUAGCCGUUAGUAGCCGUUAGCAUCACAUUCUGUUUUUUAACGGUUAUUUUUUUUUUAAAUGAGAUGUCAUUCACGAUGAUGGAGGAUCACGUCGAGUCCGACUGGGUGUCCGUCAGACCGCGGGUUUUCGACGACAAAGAGAGGCAUAAAUUCGUCUUCAUCGUGGCCUGGAACGACAUCGAGGGAAAGUUCGCCAUAACCUGCCACAACAGAACCGUGCAGAGGCGGACUACUCUGCUUCUGGACCCGUUACUCGACGCUGCUGCUGCUGCUGCCGCUGAAGGACCACACUCUGUCGCGACUAAUAUUGGGGAUACAAAUGCUUUAAAACCGGGUGGUUCAAACACAACAGAGUGUGUGAGUCCUACAUUAGCGUCCUGGGAUAUUGUGACGCCUAAACUGGUAGAUAUUGAGCUCCUGGAGCCAGUGGAUGAUGAUGAUGCAGAAGCAGGAGAAAGUGACAGCCGUGAGGACUUCAGCUGGGCCGGGGUGUUCUCCUUCCAGGACCUUCGAGCAGCCCACCUCCAGCUGUGCGCCGUCAACUCGGACCUGGAGCCGUGUUUACCUUCCUUCCCAGAGGAGCAGUCCGGCGUGUUGUGGUCGGUGCUGUUCGGCUCUGCUGGUGUGUCGCAGCGGGAGACGGAUGCUCUCUGCUACCAGCCGCAGGUGUACUUGGGUCAUGCCCUGGACACCUGCGGGUGGAAGAUCCUCUCCGAGGUGCUGUUCUCCGGCAGCGAGGACACGGAGGAGUACUACGAGAGCCUGAGUGAGCUGAGGCAGAAGGGCUAUGAGGAUGCUCUGGAGAGGGCCAAAAGAUGCAUGCAGGAGGUGUUGGACAAACACAAAGCCAUGGACAGCAUGGUGGAGCUGCUGCAGGUGUACCCCAAGGAGGACGAGGCGUACGGUGAGCUGCUAGAGGCGACGACUCAGCUCUACCACUACCUACUUCAGCCUUUCAGGGACAUGAGGGAGCUGGCAAUGCUGCGCAGACAGCAGAUUAAGAUCUCCCUGGAGACGGAGCGCCUUGGUCCUCGUCGAGUGGAGGGCCUGAGGAAAGAGGAUGAGGAGUGGCAGAAGAAGGCUCACGCCGCCGUUCUCUCCAUACAAGACCUGACUGUCAAGUUCUUUGAAACCACGACUCGGGCACAGAAAGCUUUGUAUGAGCGGAUGCGUGCUGACCAGAGGAAGUUUGGCAAGUCGGCGUGGGCAGCGGCGGUUGAGCGUAUGGAGCGGCUGCAGUACGCCGUUUCCAAAGAAACUCUGCAGCUGAUGAGGGCCAAGGAGAUCUGCCUGGAACAGAGGAAACAUGGCUUGAAGGAGGAGAUGCAGAGUCUGCAGUGUGGAGAGGACGCCAUGCUGCGUCUGGACCAGCUGGAGGCGCUGUACUAUGAGCUGCAGCUGCAGCUGUAUGAUAUUCAGGCGGAGAUGCUGCGCUGUGAAGAGCUGCUGCUCACCGCUCAGCUGCAGAGUUUACGGAGGCAAAUGACAGAGCGACAGGAUGAGGUGGUGUACUACGAUGCCUUCGAGAGCCCCGAUGCCAUGAAGGGUGAUGAAGAUCCCACAACUCCACCGCCCCCCCUCAGAGAUGAAGAAAUGAGCGUCCUACAUCAGAGGACGCGGCAGCUGGAGGCCCGCCGGGGCCGCAUCACCGCCAAGAAAGUCUACCUCAAAAACAAGAAGGAAAUCUGUAUUGUCAAUCACAACCAGAAGAUACAACAGCGACAAGGUAGCCAUGAUGACUCCCUGCAGACACUGCAACAGGGAGGUGAAGCUGAGGAAGAUGAUGAAGCCAAGAGCAACGCCAGAGUGAGUCAGGAUAGGCAGAGGACUCUGGACAGACUCCGCAGCCUCAAACAGCGUUACCCCGGCCAGGUGACCCUGAAGUCUAGCCGGCUGCGUCUGAGCCAGCCUCACGGCCGGAGGAAAGGCAGCCAGCAGCCCAGCACUCACUCAGCCAGCGUUCAGACCGACUGCAUCUCAGAUCUCCCAGAACUCUAUGCUCCUCCUCCACCCGACGCCUGCAGCUGCGACAGCGUCUCUUUACCUACAGUCGACCUCCAAACUCUCGACUCUUCGCCUCCCUUCCUCUCGCUGCCUCCCCUCUCAGCCUCGCCAUCUAUUCUGUCACUGGGUCCUCCUCCUCCUCCACCUCCCCCGCCUCCUCCUCCACCUCCUCCCUCAGAGGAGCAGCAGGAUGAGGGCCGGGAGGAUAAACCCAGCCCGAUGCGGCAUCAUGAAUGCCAGUCUGAGUCGUCCUCUCUACCCCUCGCUCCAUUUUCCCCUCGAUUCUUUGACAGCAGUCAGCUGCAGACGGCGAGGAAGAAGCUGAAGAAGACGGCCUCGCUGGACUCGACACAGUGGAGGAGAGCGAGCUCUCCCAUGGACGAGGUGCUCGCCUCCCUCAAACGUGGCUGUUUCCACCUGAGGAAGGCCGAGCUGCGAGUUCUGGCCCCCGACCCGGACGACGACAGCGAAAACAUCCUGGCUCAGAUCCGGCAGGGCGUCCGGCUGAAGAAGGUACGGACCCGACCGGAGCAGAAGCGCCACGCCAAGAGCUUCACCCACUCGGCCGACGCUCUGACGCGCAGCAUCCACGAGGCCCUGAGGAGAAUCAAAGAGGCUUCGCCCGAGUCGGAGUCGGAGGAUGAAGGCCUCCCAUGCACUGACUGGGAAAACUGAGUUUGGCUCAUUUUUUUAUGGAUACGUGGAGCCAAAACGAAGAGGAAACAAGUGGACACGCCAGGGUUAAAUCACCUGGACAUACCUUGGUGCAAUUUGAACAAAAACCCUUGAUUUUUUUAUAUCAGAAGUAUGUCGUUGUUUUUUUUUAUUCAUACUUCUGUGUGUUGUUUGUAAAGAUGGACCACUAAUCUUUUUUUAUGUCGUUGCUGUGGCAUUCUUGGCGAGGAUACAACCUCUAACCUCUCAUUAUGUCGGUCUACAUGUCAGAGUCGUACUGUAGCUGUGAUGGGUUUGUUUUAGGAAGUGAGUAUUUAGUUUUUUUUACGUCUCUUGCUUACAGCGACACUGAAUACACUGAAUACGUGUGUCGGACAUUUUUACAUUCAUUUGUACUGUAUGUUUCAGUGCAUAAAAUGCCAUGCAGGAUAGGACAAUUCCAAAUUCCUUAAAGGAAGAGUUAGACAUUUUGGGAGAUAUAUCGCUGCUGGCUGUAGCUUCAUAUUUAGCAUAAAGAAAUGCUAAGCUAAAAAAAGGAGAAUAUUUCCCAAAAUGUUCAACUUUAAUUUGCUAAUUUGGGUCAUUUUCAUGUGAAAAAAUGUGAAAAUUGGCUUUGAUUUGUGUAUUUAGCAAAUCAGCCAUGCCUGUUUUUAGCAUUUACACUUAAAAAUAGAUAAAUAGUUACAUAUAUAUGAUAUAACCAGAGGGAGAGAUGGAGGAAGGAUAUCGAAUAUCUGUCCUGAAAACAACAGGAAGUUAAUUAUUGUAGUUUAACACGGUCAGAAGUUGGAGCAGCAGCAGCUCAUCAAGGCAAUUAAGGUGAUUUAAAAACCUAAAAUUGCACUUCUUCUAUGAGUUAUAACUCAGUCAAAUCUAAACACACAGACAUGAUUCACAUAGUUUUAGAUUCAGUGUGAUGUACACUUCUCAAGGAUGUCCGUAUCGCCAAUAUCCAUCGCGGAUAAACGCCGAUAAAUCUGCUUCGAAAUCAUGGAAAAAGACGCUGCUUGUAACUGCAGAACUUCAUCACAUUUUUAAGUUUUCUACAGUAUCAAAGUAUCCCAGUGAUGGUUGUUUGUACAUCAAUCAGUACACUGUGAACAGGAACGGCUAACAGCUAAUUUGGCAUAGUUUGAAUGGUGCCAAUUUGCCAAAAGGGGUCUUAAGUUGUAGCCCACAGUGUAACUCACUGACUCCAUGACAUUAUACUUCCUGUGUACAUCCCCAAGGCAUCAUGGGAAAUAUAAUUCCAAAACGUAGAGCUUAGUUAGAGUUAAUAUUUACUGUUUACAUGUCACUCUGAUAAUGUAGUUUAACACGCAGUAGGUAGCUGAUAGAGCUGCAGGAUAUAAAUGAUCUAAAUAAAACUGUUUUACCUGCAGCCCACACAGGAGCACAGCUGGGUCAGAAAUAUUAGCACACAAACAGCUGUAGUUUUUACAUUUAAAUAUUCAUAACAAAUAUUAUCUGUUGACUUAUCUGUGCAUCCUCAGAUUUUCCUCCUCCAAGGAUGCCAUUUAGACCGAGGCAGUAUUUCUGAAAUAUAAAUCUAGCUUUGGUCUUUUUCUUUUUGAUUGUGCAGUCACUUAGAAAAGAACGGAUGGAUGGAUAUAAUAUUUUAAUAUAUGAAGAGGAAUAAUAAUGACCUCCAUUGUGAUCAUCUUCCGCUAUGAUAUAUUACCGUUAAAUUAGCCAGAAUAUGUUUCAGACAGAUGAUGAAAAUCUAUUCUAUAUCUAUUUUAUGCAAUUAUUUAAAGCAAAAACUCAGAUUAUUCUUUGGUUGUAGCUUCACCAAUGUGACAAGUUGCUGCUUUUCUCUGUUUUUUGUCACUUUAAACUGAAUGUCUUUCAGUUUUGGACUGUUGGUCGGACAAAACAAGACUUUUAAAAACGUCAUCUUGAGCAUUUUUUCACUAUUUUACAGACUUAACGAUUAAUCAUUUACUUGAGGAAAAUAACCUGCGGAUUAAAAUGUAGAUGGAGGAUAUCUAGUUUGGAUAUGUUAUGAAGAAACUGUUCCAUGCAGCAUACUGAAGCCUGUCUGCAGGGAUCAGUUAAACUGAAGUCUGAGGCUUCAUCACCCUCUGCUGGUAACAGACGCAGCCUCCUGCUCCUCCAUAUCUGAUAACAUUCAGAUCAUAUGUGAUGUUUAUAUUUAUUUUUACUAACCUGAGAGAGAGUCCUGAUAUUUAUUCUUCUCUUAUUUGGAGUCCAUAGCGAUCUCAGAUGUCGUUCAGCAGGUGGGACGUGGUCUGCACUGAUCUGCAGUUCCAGGCUUUCAUCAGUGCUUUGCAGUCUGUUUAGAGACUUCCAGGUUGCCCAGCCGAGGACUCUUAGUUACACUCUUUUUAGGGCUGCUGAAGCACAUCUCAGCACUCCUAAAAAACACUAGAAAACCUAAGGAAUCUAUCAGUACCAACCAUGUUAUACUAGCUUGUCCAGAAGGAGG